CCCGGAGCUGUGUGAUCUCACAGAGCCAUGAUGAAGCUCCUGCCCAUUGCCCCUCUCCUCCUGCUUCUCCUGACGAUGCUGGAGGCUAGACCAAAACCUGCAGCCCUGAAGUGCAGGACGGGUCCCCUGGACAUCGUGUUUGUGAUCGACAGCUCCCGCAGCGUGCGCCCCUUUGAGUUUGAGACCAUGCGGCGGUUCAUGAUGGACAUCAUCGGCAGCCUGGACAUAGGCCCCAACGCCACACGGGUGGGGGUGAUCCAGUACUCCAGCCAGGUGCAGAAUAUCUUCUCCCUCAAGACCUUCUUCACACGGGCGGACAUGGAAAAGGCCAUCAACAGCAUCGUGCCACUGGCCCAGGGCACCAUGACAGGGCUAGCCAUCCAGUACGCCAUGAACGUGGCCUUCACCACGCAGGAGGGUGCACGCCCUAUGCACAAGAAGAUCCCCCGCAUCGCCAUCAUCGUGACAGAUGGACGGCCCCAGGACCGUGUCACCGAGGUGGCCACCCAAGCCCGGAGUGCUGGCAUUGAGAUCUAUGCUGUGGGCAUCCAGCGGGCAGACAUGAACUCGCUGCGGGCCAUGGCCUCACCGCCACUGGAGGAGCACGUCUUCCUGGUGGAGUCCUUCGAGCUCAUCCAGCAGUUUGGAAAGCAGUUCCAGGACAAGCUCUGCGGGGUGGACAUGUGCGUGGAGCGGGAGCACGGCUGCCAGCACAGCUGCAUCAGCACCCCUGGCUCCUUCUACUGCGAAUGCAACCCGGGCCACAGGCUCAACCUGGAUGGAAAGACCUGUUCCCCCAUCGAUGCCUGCGCAGACGGGAGACACGGCUGUCAGCACCAGUGCGUCAGUGCUCGUGGGUCGUACUCGUCCCGCUGCCGCGCGGGUUACUACCUCAACCAGGACAAGAGGAGCUGCAGUAUGAUCGAUUACUGCAGCUUCGGAAACCACAGCUGCCAGCACGAGUGUGUGAGCAUCCCCACCGGGCACUACUGCCGCUGCCGCAGCGGGUUCACACUGCAGCCUGACAGCAGGUCCUGCAGGGCCACCGACCUCUGCAAUGGGGUGGAUCACGGCUGCGAGUUCAAGUGCGUGAGCACCGAGGGCUCCUACCGCUGCGUGUGCCCCGAGGGCCAGCAGCUCCAGGCUGACGGCAAGGCGUGCAGCAAGUGCAGGGCCGGGCACGUCGACCUGGUGAUGGUGAUCGAUGGCUCCAAGAGCGUCCAGCCCCAGAACUUUGAGCUGGUGAAGCAGUUUGUGAACCGCAUCGUGGACCUGCUGGAGGUGUCCCCCCACGGCACGCGGGUGGGGCUGGUGCAGUACUCCAGCCGCGUCCGCACCGAGUUCCCCCUCAACAAGUACCACAGCGCGGACGAGAUCAAGAAGGCGGUGAUGGAGGUGGAGUACAUGGAGAAAGGCACCAUGAUGGGCCUUGCCCUCAAGCACAUGGUGGAGCACAGCUUCUCUGAGCUGGAAGGUGCCAGGCCUCUCUCCCACAACGUGCCCAGAAUCGGGCUUAUCUUCACGGACGGGCGCUCCCAGGACGACAUCUCCGAAUGGGCCAGGAGAGCAAAGGAGUCAGGGAUUGUCAUGUUUGCCGUGGGUGUCGGCAAGGCUGUGGAAGAGGAGCUGAGAGCGAUCGCCUCUGAGCCAGUGGAGCAGCACUUCUCCUACUCGGCGGACUUCACCACCAUGACCCACCUCGUGGAGAACUUCAAGCUGAACAUCUGCCCAGAGGAGGGCAAAGGGGAGAUGGAGAUCCGCAGCCCCUGCGAGUGUGAGGCGCUGGUGCAGUUCCAGACGAACACCGUGGCCAUCCUGCAGAGCCUGACCGAGAAAAUUGCUCAGAUGACGGCCAGACUUGAAGACUUGGAAAAGCAGCUUGCCAACAAGAAGUGA